CCGACUUCAAAAUGGCCGAACGACCAGUCUACAAUCCCCAUGGACAUCAGAAUACCGCCUACGAACAUCCUGGAGCAUAUCCACAACGUCAACCGGUAGCUUUUCCGCAAGGCCAACCAGGGAUAGUGUAUCCGCCAGGUCAGGUCGUCAUCACUCAAGGGGGCGCCACACAUAUGUACCAACCUGGCAGCAGCAAUACCUCUGAACAUUACAACGGAACAGCCGGCCUUGGUACGGGGAUAGUGCAUCUGAUCGUAGCUAUCCUGUGCAUCAUUCUCGGCGGGGUUGCAUACGUGUUUCCAGUGUAUCAGAUCGGUUAUGGAAUCUGGUCUGCCUUCAUUUUCUACAUCCCUACAGGAAUCUUAGGGAUUGCUAGCAAGAAGAAGAACUCGUGCGUGAUCAUCGCAUACAUGGUCAUGGCAAUCCUGAGUACUUUCCAUGCCUUCGGGAUGAUAGCAUACGAAGCAUUUGUAGCCACAGUGCUGACCUCCUUCUAUUCUUGUUAUUAUGAGUCUUACUACAAGUAUACCUGUGACUAUAAUCGUUCGGUGAAAUGA